AUGAACGCCGCAUCGUCCCUGCUAGCUCCCAUUGCUAAGAGGUUAGUAGGCAAGGUUGCUUUGAUAACCGGAGGUGCAAGUGGCAUUGGUGAGAGUACGGCAAGACUAUUCGCUGAACAUGGUGCUAAGGUCAUCAAUGCUGACGUCCAAGAUGAGCUUGGUUUCUUAGUUUCCCAAGACAAAAGCAUCAAUGGUGCCAUUUCCCACGUCCACUGCGAUGUCACUAGCGAGUCUGAUGUCCAGAAUGCUGUCAAUACUGCGGUGUCGAAGCAUGGAAAACUAGACAUAAUGUUCAACAAUGCUGGCUGUAUUGGCCAAAACAAAGCAUCCAUUUUAGACCACGAGCAGAAGGAUUACAAGACUGUUUUUGAUGUGAAUGUCUUGGGGUCAUUUCUGGGGGCAAAACAGGCGGCCAAAGUAAUGAGUCCAGCGAAAAGGGGCACCUUUCUAUUCACCGCAAGCUGUGUAACACAGUCACAUGGAUUGGCCUCACACAGCUACCCGGCGUCCAAGCAUGCCGUUGUGGGACUAACAAAGAAUUUAUGUGUUGAGUUGGGUCAGUACAGAAUUAGAGUCAAUUGCAUAUCACCAUAUGGUGCGGCCACCCCUUUAUUCCUAAAAGGGAUGGGAAUAGAGAAGAAGGAAAAGGCGGAAGAGAUUUUAUCCUCCGCGGCAAAUUUGAAAGGGCCAGUUUUGGAAGCAGGAGAUUUGGCAGAGGCAACGCUGUUCUUGGCGAGAGAGGAGUCCAAGUACGUGAGUGGGCUCAACCUAGUCAUGGAUGGGGGUUAUAGCGCAACCAAUGUAGCUUUUACAAAGACCAUACAAAAGUUCUACACCUAA